AUGUCCCUGGACUUUGAGUCCCCAUCCCUGGCCUUUGAAGGUGUGGCUUUGCCUUCAUCCCGGUGGUCUACGCUGUGGACCCUUCCCAUCCGCCUUGGCCGACAUAGGUUACCAUUCCCGGUGGUCCGGAUCAGGGUCGGCGGCAGGUUCUCCCCUCUGGAGGAGUCUGCCCUUGACAAGCAGCAGGAGAAGGAGGUCUGUCCUGAAAAGAUAAAUACAGCAUUUGGAAGAGUUGAUCGUUCCUAUAUGAGAUUAACAGAAAAGGAAGAUGAAACUUUGCCAAUAGAUAUAGUUCUUCAAACACUAUUGGCCUUUGCAGUUACCUGCUAUGGGAUAGUACACAUUGCGGGAGAAUUCAAAGACAUGGAUGCAACUUCAGAGCUAAAAAAUAAGACGUUUGACACAUUAAGGAACCACCCAUCUUUUUAUGUAUUUAAUCACCGGGGCAGAGUCUUGUUCCAGCCCCCAGAUGCUGUCCAUUCAUCCUCCAACCAGGAUGUUUUGUCGUCCAGCGCAUCACUGAAGUUUCGAAAACUUGAACCUCUCCGCCGUUAAAAAAAGAUUUUUACAGAUGAUACUAAAAAUAGAACAGGACACUGAGCUGUAACAUUGGAGUUGGGGAUGUAAACACUUUUUUUUGUUAUUUUCUGGAACAGUAUUUAUAUUGAUCUUCCAGACUUUAUAAAAUAUAUAUAUAUUAUAUAAAUAUAUUAAAACAAAUUAAAAAGAACUUCUCUGAACACUGUUAAUGACAAUGACUGAAUUGUGAAUUGGCAAACAGUGUAUGUUACUGCUAGAAUUAUGCUGUGAAAUAUGCAUUUUACCUUUCAUCCAUUAAAACACUCCUGCGGUUGAUUCCCUUAAAACAAAUCCUGUAUUACAAAAAAAAAAAAACAACAACUGGAGGAUGGUUUUAAAUGCAACAGAGAAGCACAGAGGAGAAUUAUUGUCUUGUAUAUGUUGUUGCUGAAUGUUGAGAAAGGGGCCAGGGGGUUGCUCUCUGUCCGCCUGUCUCCUUUUAGAAAAGAUGAUGAUUGUGAUAUUGUCAUAUCUUUGGCACUCGGAGCUGAAGUAACGCAGCCACUGCAUGAUAAGACCUUCACGGGAAAGGACUGAGCCAUUGCAACCGACUGUUUUGGGUUGGGAGCUCAACCCCAAACUUUGCCGAGGACCGAAAUGUUCCUUUUUCCCAUGGGUGGUUAGCCUUGAGACACCCUGACAUACUCGCAGGUGCUAAAAGAAGAUGGACUUUUUUGGGGGGAGAGAAAUGCAGUGAUGGCGUUAUCUACUGAGCCACCGGGAGUUUUAUGGAAUCAAGUUGGCUGUCUUCUCAUCGGGUUUUAUUGCAUCGCGCAUCCCUUGUAACCUGUGAUCGUUGCCUGCACAGUGAGCCUUUGUGGAUUGUGGCCGGGACUGGCUGCGUAUUGCAGUCACGGUAUGAAGCAAUGUGCUUACUGUGGUGAACGCAAGACGCGCCGUUGGCUUAUGAACUUUUAGUCCUGGUUAGAGGUGGGCUACUGUAUGAUUGAAUGGCUUGUAAGGAAGGGUCUCUGCCUACUGAUAAUGUUUUGUGUUCCGUUCUAACAUGCAGGGUUCUUGGUUUUCUGCUCUAAAGGGUGCUUUAUGAUUGGGCUGUCCUCAUUUAUUUGUGUGCACUCUUGUGGCCGAGGUAGAAAAAAGGAACUGAGGAAUGGCUGCGUUCCCAUUUGGACAACUGAACGUGCUCAACUUGUUUUUCUGCUCUGUUAACGUUCCUCUUUUUGCAGUGACCUGCUUGCCAAGAGAUUUCUUCCCCAGUUAAUCUGCCUUGAAGUAUGUGGGGUGCAUGUAUGGUGGAGGUCAGGUUUCCCUUUCCUUUAUCCCCACCUCAAGUUGAAUUUGCACAAAAGUCAAGCGAUGUCUGUUAGCAAUAAGGCUGCAGCAACACGGACGCCCCCGUCUUGCGUUCAAGGCGUGCAAACCGCCUACAGGGAGAUUUCUUUGCUGGCUGGAAAAUGCUACAGGUUAGCUGCCCUGACUGGCAACGGGUUCAUAAACCAUGGCAAAUAGGUGCUUUCCAGAGGGAGUGAACGACUGUUGGCUUUGUCCCCAGUCACUCCAGUGAUGCCCUUGUGAAUAAGAAGAGCAGUAGUCGAACCCAACUGGAGGUCGAUAGCUGGGAAAGCGGCACGAAGGUUCCCUGACUUAAAGAGAGGAAUUCUGAAACUAGUUGUGAUGAAAAAGACUUGGCCUUCUGCAGACUAUCCUGACAGCGGUCUCAGUUGAUUAAAUCAGACCCUUUCAUCUUGCAUUGUGUUCCCUCCAUCUGAAAUCCUGCCUGCCAGCCUUUCCUUCUCUGGUACAAAUAAAGACUGGCAAUAUGGUAAAAAGUCAGAGGCUAGGAAUAGUGUGCCAGCCUUAUCCUUCUCUCCUUCCCAUAGACUGCAAUAAGACCCUAGUUCAAGCUGAAAAACAGGUCCCGAUUGGCUGAUGUCCUUCAGCCUCUGGGCUCUCCAAUUCUGCUUCCACCUUUCUAUGAACCCAUCUCCCUGCCUCCUUGUGUGGUGGACUCAUGACCAGUGACCUGGAACCUUCAGUUUCUUUGAUUGCAGAUGAAUUGGGCCUGCCUAGCUGGUGCAGGAACCCGACAGACAAGUACACAAAAUUGCUGCAGGGAAAAGAGGACUCUGUGGCCCAAUCAGUCUGCAGCCCAAUCCUGAAUGUGUUUAUUGGGGGGGGGGAGAGGGUCCCAAUUGUCAAUGGAACACUAGAUGCUAGCAGAUGUGUUCAGGAUUCCAACUAGUAGGUUGAUGUAGCUCUUGCACUGAAAAUUUGAGGAUGGAAUAAAACCACCUAUUUUCUUCAGGACACCCAAACGUUGGAGCAGUGCAAGUGAUUUGUGACGAAAAGGGGCUGUGAGGAAGUACGAGUUCUGACGUGCCAAGUGGCUCUUUUUCCUACCGCUUUGCAAAGCUGUCAUCUCAAGCUGAGCCUAGUUGCUUGUCAAAUGAUUGUUUGAGCUUUCUAAAACGCUGCUCCGGGUUAGUAAAAAGGCCUCAUGGUAGCAGGUACAUUUGCUAAAGUGGAGUCUUUGGCUAGACCCCUGAGGUUUUUCAUCAUCCUUCCCCGUGUAUGUACUGUUCAAGCCCACUAAAUCACUUUUGGGUCAUUUAAAUUUGCAAGUAGCGGCCUUACCCUUCUGCAUCAAUGAUCAUUUAACAGGUAUGCAAUUUUUUCCUCCCGUUUGCAUCUUGCAAUAUCCAGUAAAGAACUGAUUACAA